AUGUCUCGUCGAGAACAAAAAAUCCAGGAAUACCAAGAGAAAUUGCACCACGCGCAGACCGCAUUCAAAGAAGACGUUGAGAAGAACGAAUGUCCCAGGGAAGACAUCAGCAGUUUUGAAUUCUUGACCUUCCUGCAGAAAGGCGGUUUCGGUGAAGUUUUCAAAGCUAAGAAAGGUGACACGAUAUAUGCAAUAAAACGACUGAGCAAGAGCGAUUUCCACACGAAACAAUACCAGGACGAUGUGAUCCGGGAGAAGAAGUAUCUCUACGCCUUAAAGAAUGAGUUCGUCGUGAAGCUUCACUCGACAGCCAAAACCGCCGAGAGCCUCUUUCUCAUCAUGGAUUUCGCGCCCUAUGGCGAUUUGUUCGGCCUGGUGGAGAUGCACCCGCUACCAGAAGCCAUGGGUAAAAGAGUCAUCUACCAAAUAGUUCUAGGACUCGAGUAUGUGCACGCAUGCAAUAUAAUGUGGAGAGAUCUGAAGAUGGAGAACGUCUUGAUCUUCGAAAACCUCCGUGUGAAGCUGGCUGACUUUGGCUUCGCUGUCCUGGUGGACGGAAUGAGACAUGAAGCGUGCGGUAGUGCCGACUACUGGGCGCCGGAAAUCUACAAGAACGAGCUGUUCAACGAGGCUGUGGAUUGGUGGGCUCUGGGAGUGGUGAUCUGCGCCAUCCUGACUAGACAGCAUCCAUUCGGCGAGUUCGACGUGCCAGAGGAGGUUCAGGGGAGGAACGUUCUGACUAAUGAAAUCCAGAAUAUCACCGAUGCCGCCGUCUCCGCUGAUGCAAAGGAUCUCGUUAAAAUGCUGCUUGUGAAAGACCCCAGACGACGAGCGGGAGUCCUGAAAGAAGGAAUAGAUGAUGUUCGGCUCCACGCUUGGUUCAGAGAUAUUGAUUUCUAUGAAAUGGUGUUCGAGCCCCAACAAUGGCCACUCGACUCUUCUCAGAAAAUAGACGGGAAUCCAAUAGAGCAACACCCGUUGACCAACUCGAAGCCUGACGAUCAAGAUCCUUCAAGAGAAGAAUUCGAUGAAUUCUGA